UCCGUUUCAACUCGAUGAUCCACCCUCUUUUGUAUGCAGGCUUCUAUCCGGUUUGCCACCAAAACAAAGUGGUUUUAUCACUGCGAGGGCCAAAUAGAAGAAGAUUUGGUUUCUUGCCGCUGUUUUCAAGCCAUUUUUCAUCUAUCCGGUUUAACCUUUGUCAGUGUGACACAAGCCCGAAACGUUCGAUAUAAAUAGUCUGUUCUUGGGAAAGCAUCGAUUAGAUAGGCUGGACUCCACGAUCCGAAAAGUGUAUCCGUGCAAAUCCGAGUGCUGUUGAGAAGAAUUGGAUUGUUUGUUUUGGGAAAGAUGAAGCAAAUCAUCUGUGUGCUGAUUGUGGGUUUGGCUUGCGCCGUGCUUGCCGAUAAGGACGCCACCGUGCUACGACAUGAUGCAGAAGUGAACGUGGAUGGAUCCUACCAGUACGCUUACGAAACUUCCAACGGGAUUCUUCACGAAGAACAGGGUGCACCGAAGACUAUCGGCGAGGACCAGGCAGUGGUCGCUCAAGGACGCUUCGCCUACACCGAUCUUGAGGGAAACAAGUUUGCCGUGCAGUAUGUUGCUGACGAGAACGGAUUCCAGCCACAGGGUGACCAUCUCCCAACUCCACCACCGAUUCCGGAGUUGAUCGAGAGGGCUCUUCGGCUGUUGGCCGCAAAGUCCCAGAAGAAAUAGAUGCUCCAUUUUGAUAGUGUAACUAGUCUAACCAAAUCUGUGUUCAAAACACCUAGUCGAUAAGCUACUCAAUAAAGCAUGCAUAAACGAGCUCAUGUCUUAGUUUCCCGUUCAACUGUAACUUUAUGCUCUGACUUCGAGAGAUGAUAAAGCACUUUUACUUUCGUAUGAACCAAGCGAGAGUGCAACAGUCGGAAGUGGGGCACCUUC